AUGCUCUAUCACCACCCCGCGAUUUCUACCCCACAAUCAAUUGAUUGGGAACCAAAAACAAAAAAAGACGAUAAGAUUAAAACAGGCACUCACGGCUACGGGCGGGCGGGAAUAGUUGCACCAGAACCCCAGACGACGCGACCCCACACGCCGACUCUACAUCCCUCUAGAGCGGGACCCACGUCACCGUCCGAGACGCCUAUAACGGGCUAUCCCACUUGCAAUCGCAGACACGGUCCUAGAGGCCGGCGAUUAUCCAAUCCCAUGGUCGCCCGCCGGGGGCCGCAGCGAUCCCAGAUGCAACAGCCGUUAGGCGGCGUAGGGUCCCAAUUCAAAUUCAGUUGCGGGAUGCGCCCCGUGGAAAUAUUGCCGCAAUCCUACAGUUCGUCCGAAAAUGAAUAUGAGGACAAACCCGAGGACGAGGACGACCGUGAGGGAGAAGAGUACGGUUCUUUGGCCAACCCACCAGAAUUACUACCGUCUGACGCCCCAAUCCCAGACAUGCGGCAACCCAUGCCACACAUUGCCACAAGGACGCUGCGCAUAAUCGCAGAAGCUAAUUUCUCAAUUGAGGAGAUGCAAGACGACGAUGAUGAUGACAUGGGCAGCGACUGCGAGCAUUUGGCAGUUCUUCGCCCGUCCGGCUUCGAGUACCCCGAGUCCGACCGCAGCCGUUCUCGAUCACGCCCGCCUCCUGAACUCGACACCCACCUCAUGACGGGUCUCAAGGACUUGCACUGUUUCGAGUCCGACGAUUCGGACAUCGACUACGAUGACGAACAUGGCCAAGACAAGGUCAUGCGGGCGGUCCACCAACACCGCAGAAAGAAACGAGAAAGGAGGAUGACGUCGGGAAGCAUUAGCAAGCGAACAGUGAGCGAGAGGGGAAGUGACUCGGACCGCGAGGAUCUCAAGCCCUGGGAUACAGGCGAGGCAGGGCCCAAUCUACGUCGUUUGCGCCGCAAGACAGACAGGAAGAGUCUGCUGUCUAUUCCUCCCGAGGUCAUCUACGAGCUCACUGAGCCAAAGGAAGAUGAGAUCAUCUUGGGCGAGUCAGAGCUCCUUGCGCGGGAGCUUCCGUACUUUGAAUACAUGGCGGUGGACUCUGAAUAG